AUGAUUCCUUGUUUCAGACAAAUCAACUUUGCAACAUCAGUAACAUCGAAAUUAGAUACAAAAACCAGUCGCUGGAAGCCAAUACCGCUAUCAGCUCCUCACAGAGACUCCAGUGGGCACCAACGCAUUCCCUCUCUGUCGUUACAAUCAGAACAACACCGACAAGAACUUAUGAUUGAUAUUAACACUCUAAGAAUCUGCAAUCUGCCAAAACAAUCGUCGUUUAUGGAAAGGAGGUCUCCACAAAAGUCUAUACGUUCUUUUGAAUUGAUUGCAAGUUGUCACCAUUUAGAUCCACUCAAAAUUAUACCAUUUAGAUCCACUCAAAAAAACUCGCACAUCACUGACAUGGCAAAGAAACCCCGACCUUUAAUAACCACAAAGUUCUCCAAAUUUCCUAAGAGUAGAAUGACUCUAAACAAACUUGUAUUUUUUGGUCUAAUGAGCAUUGCAGUGCUUAUCAUCUCCAUUCUAAUAUCAGAGUACAAUCAAAAGCCCUUAAACUUUGCAAAUACAACAAUAGAAUUGAGAAACAAUAUCUUAGGACAAACUGAAGCAAUAGAAACAUUAAUUGACCAUUUUCAAUCGAACUCCAAUAACUUCACAGUUGUGAUUUUGUUAGGAGGGAUAGGGGUUGGUAAAACCUAUGCCGCGAACAUAAUAAAGAAUCAUUUCCCUUACAAAAACAACAUCUUCGAGUAUUUCCCACCAAUAGCAAAGCUGAUUCCCUCAGCUUACGGAUUGUUAUCUCACCGUCAUUGUAAUUUACUGAUCGUGGAGAACCUGAAGACCGAAGACGUGAGGGAUUUUAUGGGCUUCACGAAGUUCAUUCAAAAGCAGGAGAAACGUCCAUGUAUGAUUAUUUUGGGAAUUUUAAAUCCUCAGGUGACUGAUGAUUAUUUGGCUAAAACUAUAGACCUCAAGAAGGCAAAUGAGGAGUUGCAAAAUUUAUUUAUGGAGGCGGAGAUAAAAGGCAAGGUAAUUAGAUUCAGUUCAUUGGGACCUGAAAUAAUUGGUGAGUGCAUAAUGAGAGAAGUUAGAGACAAUGCUGUGCUACUGGCUGAUGGAGAUUAUGAGGCAGUUAAAACACAAUUGUUGAUGAUGGAUAGUGGCUGCAAGGGUGUACGCGGGAAAGUUCGUCUGUUGGGUACAAAAAAAAAUUAAUGAAAGACGCAAUAUUUUAGUUUGUUUAGGAGCAGCGAAGACUUGAAUAAUGAAAGGGGUUGAAAUUCAAUUGUUCCGCAUUUUUGAGAGAAGCGUUUUACUUUCUUAAAAUGGCUGAAAUGAGAAUGUUAAAAAUCGAUUAUUCGUGACAACUACUGUAAAUGUGUUGACCAAAA